GAAAUUGAUCAGAUUCAGAAGGGGAUUAGGGUUUCUGUUACAGGAAUUGGUGGUGGUUGAUGUGUACGAUUUAGAGCUGUUGUUGGUGGUUGUUGCAGGAGAUAUAGAAGACAAAUGAAAUCUGUCUGGUGCUGUGUGUGAAUCAAUUGCAGGUGGCUGAUUAAGAACGACGAAGAAGAAGAACUAAUUUGGUUCAGAAGAACAGAAGAAAAACAAGGAAAGAAGAAGAACUAAUUUGUAUAUACCUAGCAUAUACGUCUAGGAUCCACGGAAAUCUAAGGGACAACAUUAUUCGGAAAUUUCGGUCCGGUACACACCGGGAAUCUAGUAGAACCCGGUCCCUGUACUCAAUCGACACCGGUUCUUAAAAUUAGAACUGUUCCCUGUACCUCCUUCGCCGGUUCUGGUGCGGUUCAUCGAUUCUGGUUCGGUUCCUGUGCAGCCUUAAGUCUCCCCGUAGAAUACUAGAAUAUCUCUUACGCAUUUCAAAGAGCGUUGAGCGUGCGUGAAUAAACAAUCCAGACUCCCCUUCUUUUGAUAAACCGCAACUGCCUGCCUUUGCUGCGGCCUGGCUCCGCCACUGCAGAUUUGAAUAAGCGCUCAGGAUACACACUACCUGUCUGAAGAUUUGAAUCCCAAGGCCUACUCCUAACUAAGUAUAAUUUUGUAUGCACCUACAGGCUACAUACAGUCAAAAUCCAACCUGUUAAUUGGUCUUCAGGAAAACAAGAUUAAGUUAAGUAAUUUAUUUUUUAAUGCCUUUUAGUUUUAGGUGCAUUGAAUUAACUCCUUUAGUACUUAAUCCCAUAAUUUCCAGUUCUCCACAUUACCUGCUAACAACGCGCAUUUCGUUGUCUUUUUGUUUUGUUUAUUAAUCAAAUCAGGCAUAUAAUGUUCCGGGCAUUCAUGUAUGACUCCACUUUGAGAUCUACAGAUAGCAAAGUAUUGAUUCUACUUUGAGAUCUACAGAUAGCAAAGUAUCGAUUCUACUUUGAGAUCUACCGAUAGCAAAGUAUUGAUUCUACUUUGUAUAAGCCAUGCUAAUGCACUUGAAAUCCUGAGAAGAUAAUUGAUAUAGCUAUGCCUAUGAACAUUGACGGAAUAGAAGAAGGAGAGUCGUUCGCCAUAGAAAACAAUCAUAAUAAUCCUCAGCAAGAGGAACAGGAUUCUUCUCCAGCGAAGGCCGGGUUCUCUGCAAAGGUAAUGAAAUGGGGACUACUCAUUUUAAGCUGCACACUGAAUAUGUUAGGAUUGGUAGUUGGACCUUUACUACUUAGACUCUAUUUCUUACAUGGUGGUAGUAGAAAAUGGUUAUCUAGUUGGUUACAAAUGGCUGGUUUUCCUAUAUUGACCAUUCCACUCGCAAUCUUCUACCUGCGACGUGACCGGAAACUACUUAUUACCGAUUUCUUUGCUUCUCGGAAGCUUUUGGUCUACGCUGCACUGAUAGGCUUGAUAUAUGGAAUUGUCAAUUUUAUGUUCUGCUAUGGUUUAUCCUACCUUCCUGUAUCAACAUGGUCUCUCCUUGUUACAACCCAACUUGUUUUCACAUCCUUGGUUUCGUUCGUUUGGGUUAAACAGAAGUUCACUCCGUAUACGAUGAACGCAAUUGUAGUUAUAAUAAUGGGUUGUAUACUGCUUGGUAUAAGAAGAGCCGGUGAUCGUCUCCCCGGUGUCACAAAUUCUCAGUACUUGUUGGGUUUCUUUAUAACUGUAGGUGCUGCUUCAAUUUUAGGAUUCAUUAUGGUGAGCACCCAAGUUGCUUAUGCUAAGGCCAACCAGGCCAUGACUUAUCCUAUUGUGUUGCAGUUUCAAGUUUGGGUGGCCUUGUUUGCUACAUUAAGUUGCACGAUUGGAGGUCUGGUAAACAGAGAUUUCUCGGCGAUUCAUAGAGAAGCAAGUGUCAUGAGCGCAACAUUCCUUCCUAUCUCGCAGAUUGCUGCAGUGAUAACGUUUCAUGAGAGUUUCACAGCUGAAAAGGCAAGAAAUGGCUAGAUCGAUCGAACUCACUGAUGGUCGAGAAGAAGAGAACCCUCUCCAGUCCCAAACAACAAGGCACAGAUGUUCUGCGUGCUUCAAGCACUACAAGAAGAAGGAGCAUCUUGUUAAGCACAUGGAAUUAUCGUAUCAUUCACCUCAUCAGCCAAGGUGCGGUGUGUGUCACAAGUACUGCAAAUCGUUCGAAUCUUUGAGGGAACAUAUCACUGGACCACUGGCCAAAGCUGAUUGUGCAAAGAUCUUUAGUGCCCAGGGCUGUGAACUUUGUAUGAACAUCUUCGACACCUCCGCAGCUCUCAAUUCUCAUAAGGAACUUUGCUGCUUAUGUCCUGCACCUUCAAUUGACCUUGUCGAAAUACCUUCCGUAGAACUUGAUUCAUAUGAAGUGGAAACUUCAAGCUUGGCUGAGGGGUGGCACAGUAGCCGGCUUCCUGAAGCUGUUGCUUUAGAUUGUGAAAUGGUUGGCGGAGGAAGUGAUGGGACACUUGAUCUGUGCGCAAGAGUGUGCCUCAUAGAUGAAAACGAGAAUGUGGUCUUCCACACAUACGUGGUACCUGAACUUCCUGUGACAGACUACAGGUAUGAAAUAACUGGUAUAAAAGAGGAGAAUUUGAGAGAUGCAAUGCCUCUCAAGGAAGUGAAGGAGAUCAUUCAGAAGAUCUUGUACAAUGGAGAAUCCCUAUGGAGAUCCCGGUUGGUCGGUGGAAAAGCUAAGCUUCUCGUGGGUCAUGAAAUAGAGCAUGAUUUAAAAUGCUUGAGAAUGGAGUACCCCGAGCACUUGUUUAGCCACUCACUCAAAUACCUCACAAAAACAUAUUUAGGGUAUGAGAUUCAGUCAGGGGUGCAUGAUCCAUAUGAGGAUUGUGUUGCGACAAUGAGACUUUACAAGAGGAUGCGUGCAGAGGAUCAUCCAACAACAGAAGACUCUACGCCAUUAAAGUACUCGUCACGUCCAAGUGGCUUCGAUAUCAGGUCAAGUUGGGAACUUCAGAAUAUGUCACCAGAUGCCCUCUUUGAGAUUUCACGAUCAAAUUAUGUGUGUUGGUGUCUGGACUUGAAAGCGAAGGUACAAGAUUGAGGUCUCACUUUCAUGGAGAUCAUAGUUAGCUUUUUGGUGUAAAUUGGGGGAUGUAAGGUCUUUUUAAUCAAAUGGGUUCAAAUUCAAAGUAAGAGAUUUGUUAAAGUUGGACACUCUUAAGGUGGGUUAGAAAAAGUUCAUGUAUAUGCUGCUAGCAGGUUAUGGGUUGUUGGAUUUUGUUGAACUAGAUAUCCUUGUAGACAGUAUUAGUGGAAA